UUCGAUAUUAAACAGCCUCUAUUUUAUCUUUGUAUUUUUUAUAGUGUUUAUACUUUUUGAUGUUAGGGAAGUGAAGGAAAUGAAAGAAAUUAAGGGGUUCAAAAUUAGAUUGAGGUUUGCUCUUUCCUUUACAACGGAAUCAUUAAGGAAGCAUGAUGUUUAAUAUUUUUGGGGUGCAGGAUUAUGUUCCAACUGUAUUUGACAAUUUCAGUGCAAAUGUGGUGGUAGAUGGUAACACUGUUAACCUGGGUUUGUGGGAUACAGCAGGCCAAGAGGAUUACAAUAGAUUAAGACCCUUGAGCUAUCGCGGGGCUGAUGUUUUUCUCCUCGCCUUCUCUCUUAUCAGCAAGGCCAGCUAUGAAAAUGUUUCAAAGAAGUGGAUUCCUGAACUAAGGCACUAUGCUCCAGGUGUUCCGAUAGUCCUUGUUGGGACAAAGCUCGAUCUCCGAGAUGACAAGCAGUUCUUUGUUGAUCACCCAGGUGCUGUCCCCAUUACAACAGCACAGGGGGAAGAAUUGAUGAAGCAAAUAGGUGCUUUGGCCUACAUUGAGUGCAGCUCCAAAACCCAGCAAAAUGUUAAGGCAGUGUUCGAUGCUGCUAUCAAGGUAGUUCUCCAGCCACCAAAGCAAAAGAAGAAGAAAAAGAACAAGGCACAGAAGAGCUGCUCCAUAUUGUGAAAAAGCAAUAGCAGAAAAAUUCAUGCCCUUUCAUCAAGCCAUGCUUGCUACAAGUCCUAGGUGUAUACUCAACUGACAUCAGUUUGGAAGGAAAGAUACGGGAAGCAGUAGGGUACCUGUUUCUUCAUGUUCCAUCUUGUCUUGUCUUGUGUCUACUAAGUGAUUACGUCGAUAAUAUCUGUAACCGAUCUUUCUGAACAUGAAAAACACCUGGAAACUUGGAUAUCUUAUAUUCCUAUAUUGUACCCAAUUUACAGCUUCUAAAGAAGGGUUUAGCUAUGUUGGCAUCUGUUUUGUUUAGGGUGGUUGUAUGAAUGUUUGAAACUUCAAUCUCUGUUUCUUGUUUAUGUAUAUGAUACUUUAACCUCAGUUCAGUUAAUUAUGCC